AAGCGCGAGCAUCUACGGAUUGCGGCUAUAAAUGGUACGCAGAAAAGGAAAAAAAGAAAGCAGGAACACUUAUCCAGCUUUACACACUAUUCCCUUUAAAUUGAUAAUAAACAACUGUUACAUUUCAAUUUGACGCUGAGAGGGCAAACAUGAAUUUAUAUUGUAAAGUAAAAUAAAAAGAAAUACGUGGAGAAUUGAGAAGCAUGUCCCUACCCUACAACACAAGGGCCACUCCCCGUUUACCACCCAGAAUGGAACAACAGCAUCAUUUCAGCUGGGAUGAGAGUCAUAAGCAGAACGCAAUAAUUGCAAAGAGUCCUACGCGUACCAGUUCUUCACCUUUACCUCUCAGGCAACCAAAACCUUCGAGAGACUCUCGCGUACACGUCGAUAAUACUUAUAAUGCAGCUCUCAGAUCUUCCAAUAAUCCAUACGAUGAUUGCAGUGAAGAGUCUUAUAAUGCAAAAAAACCAACAACUUAUGCCAAUAGGGAAUUUAGUGAUGAUGACUUAGAAUCUGUACCAUCGUACUAUCAAACACCCACGUCCGGUAAACAUAGUUCUCGAAAAAAUUCCUCUGAUUCACCUUCAAACAUUUUGUGUGGUAGCAAUCACUCUACCUCCUUGCAAGGUCGCACUAAUCAAAGCAAUUUCGUUUUUGAACCCAUUAGUCCUAAACCUAACAGCGGUGUUUACAAAAAAUUCAAAUAUUAUGAACAUUUUUCACCGGAAAAAGAUAAUAUCGAUGAUGAUUAUUUUGGGACUUCGUCUAUAAGAGCACCCAUGUCUCCGAAAAUAGUGGAACCUCACAGACGAAACUCUACGAAGAGAAGCUUUACUUUGAAAAAGUCCUCAACUAAAAAGCAAGAGGAAUGGGAAAUGACAGUAACACCAAAUCGAGACGAACAUGAUGGUAACAGAGGCUAUGAAAAAGCUGAUUCUAGCAUUAACGAGACGAUGCAAUUAUCUGUAGAUUCUGAAUAUAGCACGACUGGUACCACAACAACUGUACUGAGUUAUUCAGAUACUUCGACCAGGCAGAGCUCAAAUGAGUUAAGUCAUGCGUCACCAUCUUUAUGUCAACGUCGUCAUGCCAUUAAUAUAACGUCAAACCCUGGUUAUCAAGUCCUACAUAGCUCUCAUAGUACUUUGGAUCGCACUCGCUCGGACAGUGUAGUGUCGUUACGUUAUCGUAAAUCCACCAGUGAUUUAACACAGGACACUGAUAACGAAUUAAGCAGAUACAAUUCAAGAAAAGGGUUUACAAAAUCUCCCGGAGGUAGCUUUACCGCUCGGAGACGUAGCAGUUCGAAGGGCGGUUUAGCUUAUUUAGCCAGUCGUCGCAGUUCAAGAGAGUCGAUGAAAAGUGCUUGCUCCAAUACAUCCAUAGCAUCAAACGAUGAUGUAGGACCUUUGGCAUUUCAAGCUUCGAAUCGCGGCCAUCAACGUAGAACCUCAAAUUUUCUAGAACUCCCGGUGCCCGAUCACUUUAGGCCUCGUGUUUGUUCUUUGCCCGAUCGUCCGUACAAUCCGCGAGCCAGUGACGAUUUAUAUCGUUUAAGACAUUUUUCGAUAAGCAAAGGCAAUGUAGUUAAUUGCGGCGAUUCUAUUAUAUCCAGACACUCACGUAGCAAUACCAGCAUCAACUCCAACAAUAGCCGAGCCAGUGGUAGAUCACCAUUCGAAAGUUCAUGUUGCGGUGCUGGUUAUGCGAAUGUUGAUUCAACGCCACUCACACCUGAAGAAGAUGUCUCUGAAAAUUUGGAACCAAUACCGCCUCGAAGAUAUCGCAUCGUCAUGUUGGGCGACCCGGGUGUAGGCAAAACGGCUUUAGUAAAUCAAUUCAUGACAUCAGAAUACAUGCAUACUUAUGAUGCUAGCCUAGAUGACGAAUUCGGAGAAAAAACCGUAAGUGUUCUAUUGGACGAUGAAGAAUCCGAAUUGAUUUUCGUUGAUCAUCCCAGUGUUGAGAUGAGCGUUGAGAAUUGCUUGUCUACCUAUGAGCCGCAUGGUUGCGUAGUGGUAUUCUCUGUGGUCGACAAGACAUCAUUUCGGAAAGCCGAAGAAACUAUUAAUUAUUUGUGGCAAGAAAGCUAUCCAAAAGACAAAGCAGUAAUAUUAGUGGGAAAUAAAGCUGACUUGGCACGGGCGCGGGUUAUAAGCUCUCAAGAUGGUAAAUCUUUAGCCGCCUCACGUGAUGCUAAGUUUAUUGAAACGUCCAGCGGAAUACAACAUAACGUCGACGAGUUACUUGUUGGCAUACUGAAGCAGAUACGCUUAAAAGAAUCGCGGGAAAAGAAAGCAAAUUCAACUAAACUUAAACCUUCACGUACUCAUAUGUCUCUUCAUUUGGCUAAGGAAAUUUUACAGAAAAUUUGUUUAACCGAUAUAUCAAAAUCGAAAAGCUGCGAAAAUUUACAUGUCCUGUAA